GAGAGAGAGUGAGAGAGAGAGAGAGAGAUCGAGAGUGAACGAGAGGAGAGAGAGAGCGACGACCGUCGGGGUCCGGGUGCCUGAGGGACGGACGACACGGAAAGGGGGAGGACUGAGUGAGUGAAUGAUCGUCCGGCCGACCGACCAGCGGACAGAUUGAAUGAAGCUGCACCUGGUGCUUCUGAGGGCCUUUCCCAUGUUUUGAUUUGUUCCAUUUUUUACUUUCCAAACUUGGUUUCACCGAGCCGCACCUUGCCAUGCCGUCCAACACUCCUGCUGCCGCUGAGCCGCCCCAGACGCCAGAGAACGACACCUCCAAUGAUGUGAGUGAAGAUGGAGCAGACCAGGACAGUCCAGAGGAGGGGACGCCAGCGAGCCCCCGCAACAAGCGCAGAGUGGGCCGUCCUGGCAGGAAACGCAAACAGCUGCUUCCUGAGAUGGCGACCCCUGACCCCUGCGCAAAUGCCCCCCCAACCCCGCCUGAGGAGCCGGAGGCCUCCCCCUCCCCUCGCAAGAAGCGCGGGCGUCGGAAACUAGAGCAAACCGAGAGGAAUAAGGACGAGCCAGAUGACAGAAACUGCGACUCCCCCAGAGAGGGUGAGACUGGGAGGCUGCGGAGGAGGCCAGUCCCCAGAGUGACUUUCCAGGCUGGCGACCCGUACUACAUCAGCAGGAGACAGAGAGAAGAAUGGCUCAGCCGCUGGAAGAUGGAGGCAGAGCGGCGGGCCUACAGAGAGGCCGAGAUGAACAUGAUGGACGACCUAUCAGAGGCUGACUUUCAGAAAGAGGAGGAACCGGCCAGCCCGGCCCCUCCGCCUUCGCAACAACACACAGACCCCGCCUCCCCGACAGUCGCCGUGACGCCCGAGCCGGUCGCCAGGGGAGACCAGGCCACACCUAGUGAGAUAGAGUACCAGGAUGGCCGGAAAUUUGGCAUCGGCUCCCUGGUGUUUGGGAAGCUGCGAGGUUUCUCUUGGUGGCCUGGCAGGAUUGUUUCCUGGUGGAUGAGUGGCCGGAGUCGAGCUGCUAACGGCACUCGCUGGGUCAUGUGGUUUGGUGACGGCAAGUUCUCUGUGGUUUGUGUGGAGAAGCUGUUGCCUCUGAGCUCUUUCUCCUCUGUCUUCCACCAGCCCACCUACAACAAACAGUCCAUGUACCGGAAAGCCAUCUUCGAGGCUCUGCAGGUGGCCAGUGUGCGGGCGGGGAGGCCAUUCCCUUCCUGUGAUGCGAGUGACGAUGCAGAGGGCGUGGACAUUCAAACCCGACAGAUGAUAGAGUGGGCCAUGACCGGCUUCCAACCCAGCGGUGCGCAGGCACUGGACCCUCCAGAAGAGGAGCAGAAUCCAUAUAAAGAAGUGUACCCAGAGAUUUGGGCAGAGCCUGAGGCAGCGUACACGCCCCCACCUGCGAAGAAACCGCGCAAGAACUCAGCCGAGAAAGCGAAGAUCAGAGAGGUGAUCGACGAGGGGACCAGAGAGAGACUCAUAUAUGAGAUCAAAAAGAAGACCAGGAAUAUAGAAGAUAUCUGCAUCUCCUGCGGAAGCCUCAACGUCUCUCUGGAGCAUCCUCUCUUCGUAGGAGCAAUGUGCCAGGGUUGCAAAAACUCAUUCCUUGAGUGUGCCUACCAGUACGACGACGACGGCUACCAGUCCUACUGCACCAUCUGCUGCGGAGGCAGGGAAGUGCUCAUGUGUGGCAACAACAACUGCUGUAGGUGUUUCUGUGUGGAGUGUGUGAAUCUGUUGGUAGGUGCCGGCUCGGCGACGGCAGCCAUCAAAGAAGACCCCUGGAACUGCUACAUGUGCGGACCCCGGAACACCUACGGUUUGCUGCGACGGCGGGACGACUGGCCCUGCAGACUACAGCUCUUCUUCGCCAACAACCACGAACAGGAAUUCGAGCCAGCCAAGUUGUAUCCUCCAGUUGCAGCAGAGAAGAGGCAACCAAUCAGAGUCCUCUCUCUGUUUGACGGCAUUGCCACAGGUCUGCUGGUGCUGAAGGAUUUGGGCAUCCAGGUCGACAAGUACGUGGCGUCUGAGGUGUGUGAAGACUCCAUCACUGUCGGCAUGGUUCGACACCAGGGGCGCAUCAUGUACGUUGGGGACGUACGCAACGUAACCCGCAAACAUAUCGAAGAAUGGGGACCAUUUGACCUGGUGAUAGGAGGAAGCCCCUGCAACGACCUCUCCAUAGUCAACCCUGCACGGAAAGGCCUUUAUGAGGGAACCGGCCGGCUGUUUUUCGAGUUUUACCGUCUGCUGCACGAGGCUAGACCAAAACCCGGCGACGAGCGGCCGUUUUUCUGGCUGUUUGAGAACGUGGUCGCUAUGGGGGUCAGCGACAAACGGGACAUCUCUCGCUUUUUAGAGUGUAAUCCAGUGAUGAUCGAUGCCAAGGAAGUCUCUGCUGCCCACCGCGCCCGCUAUUUCUGGGGAAACCUGCCAGGCAUGUCCAGACCCCUGUCACCCAUGGCGAAUGACAAGCUGGACCUACAAGAGUGCCUCGAGCACGGCCGCACAGCGAAGUUUGAGAAGUUGCGUACGAUAACGACACGCUCCAACUCCGUGAAGCAGGGGAAAGACGAGCAUUUCCCCGUCUACAUGGACAACAAGGAGGACAUCCUCUGGUGUACCGAGAUGGAAAGGAAGUACAUCUUUGAAAAUACUUCAACAAAUAGGAAAGGAAGAGAAAAAUGGGUUUUUGGUUUCCCCGUCCAUUACACUGACGUGUCCAACAUGAGUCGUCUGGCCAGGCAAAGGCUCCUGGGACGUUCCUGGAGCGUCCCCGUCAUCAGGCACCUUUUCGCUCCGCUCAAGGAGUACUUCGCCUGCAACUAGUCACACACCAAUUCUCUCUCUCUCUCUCUGUCAUGCACACACACACACACACACACACACGCACACACACACACAUAAACAGUAUGUAAUGACAGACACACACAGAUAACUACACACAGUAUAUGGCUAGUACAUGAAGGUUGGCUGACGCAGGAUGACACAAAUGACUGGACACGCACAUAUAUACAAACACACACACACACACACACUGUAAAGGACUGCUUCCCUAGAUCCCAUGUAGACCACUGGCUGACCUUAGUCCCCUGGUGCUACCUUUCUGAUUUACACACACGCGCGCGCACACACAAACACACACACACACUCACUCACACACACACACACACACACUGGUGUCUUCUGGUUUUACUGUGUCGUGGUAGCUGGAGUUCAAACCUCCAGGGGGUGCAAAAGUGACAAAGAUGCCCUGACUUUUUCUUUUUAAUAUCUCUGAAUACAUCGACACACCAAUGAAUCCCUCUGAACGAUAUAACUUAACUGUAUUCAUGUGUGGUGACAGUGCUGCUGGUGUAUUACAGUGCAAUGAACACGAAUAUAUACAAUAUACACACACAUACACACGCACGCACACGCACACACCAGUUAAAGCUUGUGGUGCUGGUCAAUGAUAGAGUCCAAAUGGUGCCACUUUAAUACAACUCUUUUACAGUUUUUGGUGCUCUCUCUCGGAGACUAAAUGGUCUCUGGUUGUUUCCGUCGCUGCAGUUUUGUGUCCCUUACUGAGUCAAACCACACGAUUAAAAGCAGGUGGAGGCAAUGACAGCCAAACGAAGUGACCGUGAGUUUUUAAGACAUCAUUAUCUGCCAGAUUGAGUGUGCACGAGUGUGCAGGACCGCGUCCUGAAGAAAAACCGAGGCAGAUAGGAUUGUUAUGAAGUCUUUUUUUUUUUAACACGACUGCGACUAAAUCUGAUUGUAAUUUGCUCUGUUUCUUGGAAGAAAUGCUGCCCUGGAAGUAAAAAUCUCCGUAACUGAGUUAAACCACAGUGGGCUGAGCCAAAAAAAAAAAAAAAAAAAAAGGUUUUCUGGCAAAGUAACACCAAAGUAAAGUAACACCUUCAUCACUUUUAGCUGAAAUAUGGUCAGCGAUAUCUGCAAAAUGAAAUACAGAAAUAAAAGAGUGAAUUUAGGGCAUGCCACUGCAGUUUGACAUUAUUUCCUCCUUUGUUCAUGUCUGUAAUGCAACGCCUACAAUGCAACCAUUGUUUCUUUUUUUUUUUUUUUUUUAAUUACAGGAUCCCCAUCAGCUGUUUGCUACUGCUAGUCUUCCUCGGUUUUGAAAAUAAACUCAAAUACACAUGAGACCAAUUCUAGACAUUAACAAGAAAAAAAAAAUAACACAGGGAACAUAAAAUACAACAAAAGUUAAUAACAGUUAGUUUAAAUCAAGACUGAAUUGGUACAUAAUCUAGACAAAGAUAAGAGACCGGCCUUAUGGGUGUCCCUGUGUCUUUAUAAAAACUCUUUUUAAGUAAUAUCAGAUAAAGAUCAUAGUGAAAAGCCUUGGAAAUGGCAUCAGCAAACAAUAAAAGCAGGCCACACACCAAUGCUGGGGUAAAACCAUCCUUUGUGUUUGUUUCACAAACUUAUCUUAAGACACAUCUAUGCAUGUGUCAUAGUUGUCAGGAACUAUAUCAAUCAUCAGGUUUCCAUACAAUAAGCACUUGUGUGCUUUUGUAAAAACAUUGUACUGAUAAUUUCUUGGCGGAUUUUGCAAUAUUUUAGGGCAGAGAUUGUAUAUUAAGGUUAGCUAAUGCUUUGGUGAAUACGCUGUGAAAUACUGUGCACCAGUAGCAUUCUUUUUUUUAACAAUGAGCAUGUCGCCUCAUGUUUAGUGUGUGCUAGUACUUACUCAGUAACAUUUGUAAAAACUGCGGUUGUAUCGCAUCGAUUACUGUUAAACUGUUGCUCAAACGACUGUGAUGUUCAUCUUCGUGGUGCAUAACAGGAAUAAUACUGGAUGUCAGUUUUUUUUGACAGUGGCUGUAGCCAUCAGGUCUUUGGUCUCACAGCUGAAGUUGCACGUUACGGUUCAUGUCUGCAUAGAAGUCAGACCCUCCUGUGGUAAACCCAGUAAACACCCCUGGAGAGUUCAUCGGGUGGGGGGUGUAUGUCGCAAUACUGUACACUGGCCCACUUAGUGGAAUCAUUUCAUUAGGUUCGGCAGUGGUCUCGUCGUGAAAAUCACUUACCGUGUACUGUGAAUUGAAAGUAAAUGGUGGUCUUUCUUUGUAGCUUGUUUGACUUUGGCGUGGCUCAGUUUGUUUUUUACCCAUCAUGAGCAUGGCUUUCAUUUUGAAUGACGCAUUAUGCACUUUCUCUGUAUUUAACCAAACUAGCACGCUAAAAACUCCGAAAUCGUGAAUGCCAGCCAACAUCAUAAUUUUUUUUUAAUUAAUUUUGAGUUUGUGAGACUGUAAUUUAAAGAUUUAUUUAUUUUUAAUGGCAUAGUCAAAUACAUAUUAUAUCUAUCUUUUUUUUUUUUUUUACCCUGACAUUACUCUGUUUAAAGUCUGCUUUCUGGAUCUUGUGAGAAAAAUUUCAUCUUAACAUCACUAGACGGUGAAAUGUUUUUAUUUCAUUGGUUUUUGACUCCGCAAAAAUGUUGAAAUCCUUUACCAGCAGUAGGCAAACAAUGGCCCUUUAACAAAAUAGUUUGCCCUCCCAAUGAAAGCUCCAUAAUAUCUCAUAAUUCUACUGUAAGGAACAGUUUGAACAUGAAAACAUCUUAUUAACAGUCAGUAUUAAGUAUACAGUCAGCAGUUGCAGCUCGGUGUCAGAUUCAAUCCCUACAACAAACUGAAAUUAAAUCAAUCCUGAAAAAAACUCCUAUGAUGAGACUUAACUGCUGACCCCUGCCUUAUACCAGCUCCUCCUCCCUCAUCUCCUUUUAAAAACUAGUAGAAGUGGGUUGUUAUCAACUUACUCUGACAAAACAUGAGGGUUUUCUGCCCCUUUUAAAGUGAAUUCCAAAAAUAUUCCAACCUAAGGCUCCAUCCAAUGAGGUUUAACUCAUCCUGUGAGAUUAUUUCUUCCUCUAGAGCAGCUUUCUACCCGAGCAGUGUUUUCAAUUAAAUUACAGCUUGCAAAAGUUUUGGUCCUUGCCAAUCACAGAUAGGUCAACGAUGGCAGCAAUUUACUUUAGCAGGACGGACAGUAAAGGAAGUCGGGGGGUGGUGGUGGGGGGGCGAUUAAACCUGAACCCUUCCAGUUAUUAUACAUCAUCUCUUGUGCCUCAGCCCCAGUGUUGCGCUUUUGUGUCUGGUGAUAAGAGUUUAAAAAAACAAACAAAAAAGAAACAAGUGACAAGUGAACUAGUCACAGUCCACCAGCCCUUGCAGUUGCGCUCCUACAUCGCUUCAUAGGGAUCCAAAAUGGCCUCCAUUUAUUAUAUCGCAGCAACAUCUACUGAAACCAGAGACAGAACUUUGACACUAUGCUGGUUUUCUACUUCCUACGACUGAAACAGAUAGCCCUGUAUAAAUAACCGGUACUUCCUCACGUAACACGGAUACAAUUGUACGACCUGUCUUGGGUGUUUCUUCUGCCUUUGGCUGCCCAAUGCAUGCUGGAAUAAACUCAGCCCCGUCGUGACCUUGAUUAGGAAUAAGCAGGUAAAAGAAAAUGGAUUGCCAUCAAGUGUGGCAGAUAUGUGAUGAAACGUUUCCAAGCGUAUGAUACACACAGACGCUGUGUGUAAACGUCCCUGUAUACUGAUGGAUGUUUUAUUUAGACAGGGCUGUCUUUUGAGGAAAAAAACCAUCUCUCAGUCUGGUGCUUUUGGUCCUCAGGCGACCAUCUUUUUCCGGGAAGCCUUCCGAUCCUCUGACCUUCCUCAGAUACCAGCUAACAACUGGACACAUGCAGUCUAAACACACACACGCACACACACAAGCACACAGAAACAGACACAAACACAGACACACACACACACGCGCACACAGACAGAAACAGUAAAACAAACCAACAGUAAAACCAGCAGGUUCAAAGUGUUUUUCCAUCAUGUUUACUCUCCAUUUAUACAACCAACCUUCAGGUGCUUUUUAAACUCUGCUCUUUUUUACAGUGCUCUUGCAGGUCACUCAUACACACAAACACACACAUUUUGCUGGAAACAUGGUGCCGACUUUCAUGCUUCUCUCAACUCCUUUCGCUACAAAAGACAUCACUAACACACGCACACACACACACACACACACACACACACACACACACACACAGGCAUACACACUGUGUUUUUUGCCGGCCGCCUGCCGCCAUCAGGCUUCCCACGGCGCCGCUGGGUGUGACAUCACCACCCUGCGCCGCUUGGUGCUCCCAACCCCUGCCCGCCACCCCACCUAAAUCCCCCUCCCCACCCCCCAGGUGCUGCAUGUCAGUCAGUCAGUGUAAUCUCCGAUUCCAUGUUAGAUUAGGGAGUAAUGAUAAUAAAAAUAAUGGUAAUAAUAUUACAAUAAUAAUCUGUUAUUGUGUGUGUGUACUGUUCCAGGUUGGUGCUCAGUUCAGUUCAGUCUCAGCCUAGAGGGGAGAGAGACAGGCUAGAGAAAGCAUAUAUUAAAGUUAGUAUAGUGACUUGUUCUAUUGUAUCCAAGGAUGCCAGAAGAAAUUGUUUAAGCGAUGAGCUACAGGACGCUCUCAAACAGAAGACGAGUUGAAAUAACACAACGCACGUAGUGUUGUGAAACAGGUGGAAGAGACAUGCUAUGAAUUACAACAUCAUCAUCAGUAAAUACCUAGAAAUCGUGCCUAACAGGAUCAAUAGGAACAUCCAGAGUUUCCACUGGUUCCCAAACUUUUGAUCCAAAAGAAAGAUCAUCAACAAAAUAGAAAAGGAAAAAGAAAAAGAAGUAUGCAACGCAAACUUCUUUUUCAGUCUGUAGUUGGUUUUUUUGGUGAAAUAUUGGACAGUUUUCCUAAGGCUGCAACUAACGAUUAAUCUACAGAUGAUUUUCUCGAUUAAUCGUGAAAAACAACCUAUCACGAGUUCCCCAAGACGAAUGCCUUUCCAAGGGGGUGCUAAGAUAAAUCUGAGGGGUCACAAGAUGAUUAAAGGGUUAAAAAAACAACUCUGUCACAGAAUACGGUUUAGUUUUUAUUACUUUUACUCAUAUAUAUCUUGUCUUUUUUUGUGAAAUAUCAGAUACUCUGACCUCUUCUGGCCUUCGAAAAAAAAAAUUCCCAUAAAUGGGACAAAUACAACAAACAACAAUCACCCACUCACACGAGUGUUGUAACCUGUCACAAGGGUUCACAAGUAUACAUUACUGUAUUUUCACAAGCCAAAAAGGCUGGGAACUAUUCUGUUAUAACAUAAGAAAAUAAAUUAAGAUUAUAAAACAGAGAUUUAAGUCUUAUUUUUUUCUCCAUCAGUUAGGACCUCUGUACUGUAUCUCCUCGAAAACUGACCUUUGCUUGUGAAAUGUUGAGGAGGAUGAAGUUUAGACGACUGGUUGAGUGAAUCUGUGAAAAAAUUAGAAAAUAAGACACGUAAUGGUCUUGCAGACUUUUAGUUUUAUCUUGUAUAUAAAAGUAUGAAAUUGGAAAACAUAAAUAUCAUAGAUUGUGAGAAGCUGAGUUUCCUGAAAAACAAAAAGGGAACACAAACCAAAAAAAAGUUGGGAACCACUGGCUUCUUUUCACCUCCCUUUUUGUUUUCACCAACAGCAGAAGUGGUGUGGUGUUAUUUCAACAUGUAUCUGUUUGAGGGGGCAGUCGGGAAAAAAAGCAUGAGGGAUGGAUUCGACAUUUUUCAGAGUUGGGUGACACGGUGAUGAUGUUUCUGUUCGCCUAUCGACAGCUUUUAGGCUGAGUGAUGCGCUGUUGUAAACACUGAUACACUUACAAACAAAUACACACAAAACACUGUUAUUGAAACACAGAGCAAACAACGCUCAGACACCGAGAUACAUGCACAACACCUACAAAAUACAAUGCUGUGGCGCAUUCAGACACUCAUCUCAUGGACUAAAUGAAAGAUGAGCUUUUCGGGAAAGGAGGACCUGGUGGUGUUUCAAAAGGUGCUAAAAUUUUAUCUGAAAAUAAGAAAAAUAUAUUGUUAGGAAUAUAAAUCAAGUUUGUCCUUACAAUGACUGUAUUUAAGUUUGUCGUAGUAAUGAAAAGGCACUAUUAUUAUUUUACUCUUGUAUGAAUAUGAACUAAUUAAAAAGGCAUUUUAACUUUGUACUUGAACAAUGUAAGAAAUGAACCGUGAAUAAAA